CUCUCUCUCUCUCUCUCUCUCUCUCUCUCUCUCUCUCUCUCUCUCUCUCUCUCUCUCUCUCUCUCUCUCUCUCUCUCUCAAAAACCCUGCGAUCCUCCAAAUUCGAUCCAACUACAUGUUGACCGUCAGAUCACAUCAACGAACUUCUCUCUCUUAAUAACACGUGCCAUUCCCUCUCCCCCCUCUUAUUAGUACUUUACUUCCAUGCAUGGAAUUCUCCUCCGACUACAACUCAUAUAUAGAGAGAGAGAAACAAACAGAUGAAACAGUCAUGGAGUCUGUUUUCAAUUCUCCACCUCUUGAUUCGCUACUCCUUACCUCUCAUUGAUCUUUUCUUCUGAAAUUAUUAUUUUUAUUUUCUGGGGCUCAUUAAUUUUUACCAAUUUUGAACGUUGCGAUAGCAGAGUGCUUUCUGUCUUGUGUAUUUCCGUGCUUCGGUACCAGAUUUGUUGAAGAUAAGAGAUGAUUCCUUUCUUUUUACGUUCGAUCUUAAACUUCCCAAAAGCUGUCGAAUCCUUCUCCCAAACUCUGAGAUAAAAAGGCUUUGAUCUUUUUAUCUGAGACAUGAUCUGCUUUGAAAGAUUAAAAAUCGCUAAAUUUGAUGAGCUUUUUGUAGUGCUUUUGAUUCACUUUAUUUUUUCCUGGGUCUGUGUUCUUGGGAUUUGAGCCCUAAAGAUGUUUCACCGAAAUCAGCAAAUGUUGUAAGCUUAAAUUGAUCUUUGCUUUUCUGGGUUCGUUUGGUGUUUUUUCGAUUAGGUAUUUCUAAAAUUUCGAUCUGGAAAUCAAGAUGGAUGACGAUCAUGAUGAACUGAGAUUUGUGUGUAAGUUGUGUGAUAAACGAUACCCAAGUGGGAAAUCAUUAGGUGGGCAUAUGAGGUCUCAUGUAAAUUCUCCCGCUUCUGCUGCUGCUGUUGCUGCUAAUUCAGCUGAAUCAGACGACAAAUUCGAGCCCAUGAAAAAGCUUUCAACUUUGAUCAUCAACGGAAACGGAAUUGGAAACGGGAAUGGGAAUGGGAAUGGGAAUGAGAAUGGGAAUUCUAGUAUUUACGGGUUACGAGAGAACCCUAAAAAGAGUUGGAGAGCAGUCGGUUCUUCCUCCUCGACUUUAUCUUUCCCAAAUGAGAAAGUUUGCAAGCAAUGUGGAAAAGGGUUCCCAUCUUUAAAAGCUUUAUGUGGUCAUAUGGCUUUCCAUUCUGGUAAAGAUAGGAAUUCCAAGGAUUACGAUUAUUCAUGGACGAGUGAAAAUCUCGAUCAUGAUGACAAGUCCAUCAGCGAUAGUCAUUCCGAUACUGAAGAAAACGAGCUUCAAGAUCCGAUUUGUGUUACAAGAUCCAAAUCAAAAAGGUACAAGAACAUCGUAGUUAAACCAUCUUCUUUUUUAACCAACAGUAAUAAUAGUAAUUACAAUUACGGAUCUUCUUCUGUUUCUGAAAUUGAUGAAAUUGAGCAAGAAGAAGUUGCAAUGUCUUUGAUGAUGUUGUCUAAGGAUUCCGCCAACUGGGCCGGUGUUAAUUCCGUGGUAGAAUCUUCUGACAACAAUUCUGUAGUUUUGGAGACCAAGUUGAAUUCCGAGAAUCGUUGGAAUGGAAUCAAGAAAGUGGAAUCAGAUAUUACAGUAGAGGAACUUCUUAGGAAUGGUGAUCAACAUAAGAAGAGAUCAAAAGGAGUGAAUGGUUUGAACUGCAGAGUGUAUUCUUAUGAAGAAAAACUCGAAAUUAGAAGGAAUUUGUUUAAAGAAUUUGGGUAUAAUGAUAAUUUUAAGAAAAGAAUCAAAGAAGAUGAUGAUUCUUAUAAGCCCGAGGAGUCACAAAAGAAGAGAAGCAAGUAUGAAUGUAUGAACUGCAACAAGAUUUUUAGUUCUUUUCAAGGGCUUGGAGGACAUAGACCAUGUCACAAAAAGAACAAUUCAGAAGCCCAAUAUCAUAAUCACAAGGCUAAGUUUGACAAGAAGAUGAGGCCAAAAAAGAACAAAGGGCAUGAAUGUCCAAUUUGUUUUAGGAUGUUUAAAUCAGGGCAAGCUUUAGGGGGUCACAAAAGGUCUCAUUUCAUUAAUGGUGGUUCUGGAGAAAGGUUUGAUCAUAUUGCAGUGAUGGAAGAUGAGGGUCCCACAUAUACUGAUAUGAUUGAUCUUAAUCUCCCUGCUCCAGAAGAGGAUUAGGGUUAGAAAUCGCAUGAUUUGGUCUUCGUUUUUGGUUGUUUAUCAGAGGACUUUAGAGAGGUGAGAGUUCUAUUUUUGUUCUUACUGUUUAGAACUUCUGAAUAUUUUCUUCAUUUCAUCCAAUUCUUGAAUUUGUGCCUAAAUUUUCCUGGACAUUAAGCUGAAUUCGUAGUUUCAAGAACAUUUGAUGCUACUUUACUAAUUCUUGAAUUUUUGCCUAGUUUUGGAGAGAAGUUAAGAGUUAGGUUUCAGGUUUUAGUUAUUUCAAGAACUUGUGAUGCUUUUUUACUCCAAAUUCAUCCGAUUCUUAAAUUUAUGCCUAAGUUUCAAGAAAAUUUGGCGUGAAGUUCCCUGUUAUGUUUCAAGAACUUGUGAUGCUUUUAAUUCACUUUUGCUUUGCUUUAUUAUAUCACCAGUUCAUCAAAAUCUUGAAUUUAUGCCCAAAUUUCAAAAAAAAAAAAAAAUGAGGUUGAAGUUAGCAUUUUUCAAGAACUUGAGAUGUAUUGUUGUUUACUAUUGCUAUGGUUUAAUUAGUUGCUCCUACAGUAAUUUGGUGGCAUAUGUUUUAGUGGAAGGUGCUAUGAAUAAUGAACAUUUGCUUUUUGAAAAUUCACCAUGAUUUCACGCUUUAAUGUACAUUUGUGUGUCUUGAUAUGGUGGUUUUGUGUGUGUUAGUGGUUGUGGGGUAGGCUACCAAAAGGAAGGAUUUUCAUAAGAGGUAGUUUUGGGACAUAGCAACCAAAUGUAGCCUACAAAAUUGCUUAGAAAUGUCGGUAAUAAUAUAAAAUUUUGGGAGAUACCGAAGUUGUCAAGUCUCGGUUCAACCCGUAACCCGAUAAUGACUCAAUCCCGAAAAUAAACAGG